AUGGGAAAAAAGCACAGGCUAGACGAAUGGCGUGGCGCUCCGUUGUACUUGCCCCGUGGAGUAACACUACCAGCGCAUCUUCGUCCACUAUUUAUGCCUAAUAACACUGCAUGGAGGCUUCAACUUCGGUAUCAGAAAUACCAGGAAAAAGUGCGAUCGUUACUCAAGAAAACAGACGCAAGUCAGCAACAAGAGCAUGCGGCUAGAGCCUCGGGUCGCGUUGUUGCUAUAUCAAGUAUGGCACUUGCACUUACUGUCAAGACAAAAGAGAAAAGUCCGGAACCAGUAAAAACUGCAUCAUUGUACCUUAAUACAGAGAAAUGGACACUAAAUCAAGAUUGGACGACGCUUCAGCAAGACACGAGACAAUUCAUGUCGGACACGAAAGUAAAGAGUGAUGGUCAACCGCCACGGGAAUAUGAAUUUGUGAAUAUUAUGGAGUCAACGUGGCUAUUGUCAUCUAUUGAACAACGCUGUGCUGCAAGAGCAAGUGAACAGACCACAAGUAGAUUUCAGCCAAGUUUGAUUCGUCAAUUAAUGGAUGUGAAGCUAGCAGUUGUAGAUCUGCUAUUUAUCUCUCGUGCUGGUACUGACGUAAAUCUUCGAGGUCGAACACCAUUGUCUGCUAACAAACAUUAUCAGAAUCUUCUUACUCGAGUCACAACAUCUAGUACAAUGGAAAUAGAGCAAGUAAAGCACAUAUUUGAGAAUUUAAAGUCCGAUAUGGUUCUCCCAGCAGUCAAAUGUCUUGGCUGGCUUCUUACGAAGAUGUGGCGUCUACUUUUUCAUGGUCUUUACGUCGAUGUUGAGUCUUUACAUCGCGUACGUCGUGUACUUGAAGGAUCUGAAGGAGAUGUCAGUAUUGUCUUUGCACCUACACACAAAAGCCAUUUGGACUAUUUGAUUAUUAGUUAUUUAUGCUUUGCAUAUGGCAUUCCAUUACCCCGCAUUGCAGCUGGAAACAAUUUAAAUAUUCCACUUGUUGGUAAAUUUUUGCGUGCAAAUGGAAGUUUCUUUAUUCGUCGAUCGUUUCGAGAUGAUUUGCUUUACAAAGAAGUGCUGGAAAAUUACGUUCAUGAGUUAUUGUACGAUGGCAAUCCUAUUGAAGUCUUUCUUGAAGGUGGUCGUUCACGUCAUGGUCGAGUUUGUAAACCUCGUUUGGGAUUUAUGUCAAUGUUUCUAAAUUAUGUAAAGCAAAGGACACCGCAAGAGUCUGGCAACGAGGACGACACUUUGAAGAAAACGAUUCUGGUUGUUCCGAUUUCACUUGACUACGAGAAAGUAUACGAAGUUGAUGGAUACGCUAAUCAGUUGCUUGGUAAACCCAAAGAAAAGGAAAGUCUCGUGGGUUUACUUCGGUCGAUGUGGGAUCUUUUCUUCGUACGUCUUGGCCACUCAUACGUCCGAUUCGGUGAGCCUGUACCAUUAACACACACAUCUUCGCUUGAGGAAUCGGCAAAUCUUGUGGCUGAGCGGAUGCAAAUAUCAGGAACUAUCACUUCAACUGCAAUUGUUUCAGCAUUACUGAUGUGGAAACGUGCGUACAUGACAACUGCAAUGCUUGAAAGUCGCACAUUUUGGCUUGUUGGUGAGUUAAAAAAGCGUAAAGCAACGGUAACACACGUUGACAUCGAUGCUAUCGCUGCUCACGCAUUGUCCAUAUUAAAUAUUGAGGUUAUGGUUAAUGAUAUUGUCACGCCUCACUUGCGUUGCCCAGUACGAGCGCUUGAGCUUGGCUUUUACCGAAAUCACUUGCUGCAUAUUUUCUUACCUGACAUGGCUGUGAUUAGUGCGCUGGAUACGGUUUUACGAUGGCAAAGCUUCAGAUGUGAUGGAUGUAAUGAGACUUUGCGGAAAAUCGAUAUCGAAGCAGUGAAGCUAGAGGCUCGAAAGAUCUGGCAAUUUUUGCGUCACAUUUGUCGUCAUGCAAUGAUUAACGUUGAUACCCGCGUGGAUAGCUUUCUUACUGAGCAUUUCACGAGUUGUGUGGACGAAACCUCGGCCACGGUGGUAGUGGCUAUGAACACUUGGAACCGCAUGAAGCUUGUGAGUUUUGUGUUGUCGUUAAAUUGGUCGUUCAUGGACUCGUGGUGGCUUACGAUUCAAGGCCUUUGGAGUUUAUCUGAUUGUGUUGAGAAUACUAUUACAGAGCGUGAAAUUAUACGACGGGUGCAAACCUUAGCAAAAAAGUUAUUUUCACGCCAACAGCUUUUCCAUGCCGAGGCCUUAUGCAGUGAGAGUAUCAAACAGACUUUAGGCUUUUUAGCUGAAUGUAAUGUUGUGCAUUUCGAGCAGUCACAAGACAGCACAUCACGAAGUAUUCGUCUCAAUUUGAAGACUGAAGCUUUGGAAUAUCUGACUCGAGAGGUGAAUGCACGUCGAAAACCGCAAAAGUUUUUAUGGCGUCAAGACGAGCAACCACAUAAUCUGACGCGUGAAGAAGCUCUGACAUUGCUCAAAUGUAACGCUCCACUUUAG